AUGUCCUUCCUCCUCCCUACGAUCUCGCUCUUCGGCUUCCUCGCCCGCCUCCUCGCUUCCUACCUCUCCCUCCUCCUGUGCGCCACCUACGGCGUUUACGCCUCGCUCUUCCUCCGCCUUCUAGGCAAACACCGCCUCGCGCAAUGGACCGUCGCCCGCUCCUUCGACCUCGUCAUGCGCUACGCCACUGGAGUCCGCUUCGUCAUCGUCGAAGGCGGAGAACACCUCACUUCCAAACGCCCCCUGGUGAUCAUCGGCAACCACCAAACCGAGCUCGACGUCCUCUUCCUCGGCGCCAUCUUUCCCAAAUACUGCUCCGUGACCGCGAAGAAAAGUCUCGCCCGCGUGCCAUUUUUGGGCUGGUUCAUGAGCCUGAGUGGGACGGUGUUCAUCGAUCGCGUGGAUCGGAGCCAGGCCAUGAAGGCGUUUGAGGGUGCGGCCCGGGAGAUGAGAGAGCAUAGACAGAGUGUUUUUAUCUUCCCCGAGGGGACGAGGAGUUAUGCGCGAGAACCGCUACUCUUACCGUUUAAGAAGGGGGCGUUUCAUCUGGCGGUGCAAGCGGGAGUGGAUAUUCUACCUGUGGUGGCGGAGAAUUAUUCAAGGGUCUUGGAUGUCCGGGCGAGGAGGUUUGUGGGCGGGAGGAUCAGAGUGAAAGUCCUCCCCCCCAUCCCAACCAAAGGUCUCACAGCCGCAGACGUCGAUACACUCACCCUCGACACGCGGCAGAAGAUGCUCAAUGUCCUGGAAGAAUUCGCCCGCGACCCCGGCUCCAAAGCUGUGUUGAAAGCUUCGGCUAAGAAGGUGCUAUAG